AGAGACAUCCGGUCGUCCACCCGUCCGCUGCUUCCAGACUCGAGUCGAGAGACAUCGCCGCGAGCCCUAGCAACAGCCGUACAGCCGAGCGCCGUCCACCGCCAAUCCGCCACCCAUGGCGCUGCGAACCCUGGCGGCGAGGGCGGUGCGCCUCCAGACUCCGGUCCUCGGCCUCUCCCCUCCGCCCGCCGGCCGCCCCAACCUCCCCCCUCCGGCCGGCGGCCGCCUCAUCUCCAGCAGAAAUCUGGGAGGUUCUCCACCUGAAGAUGCUGCUCGGAAGAUUGUGCUUGAGAACGCUGCCACGCUUGAGCGCCUGGAGAAGAGUUAUGAAAUGUUCAAGGCACGUGUUCGAUUACUAGAGAAGGGAAGCAAUAUUCUGAAGUGGUCGUUGGCUUGCAUUAUCCCUGUGCCUUUGGUUUACAGCAUUGUGGAGUAUCAUUAUGAUAAGGAGGAACUGGCCAUUGUGAUUUGAACCUGGUUAUUUAAUUUCUAUGGUCUUUAUCAUCAGUUGUAUCACACUACUUAAAUGUGUCAUCGUUCUGCUAAGUGCAUCAUAGAAAAUGCCACUCUAAAUCGUUACUGUACCAUGUUGACAGAUUUGCCUGAUACGUAUGCCCGUGCACCUACCUGUUA